GUGGCCACUGCGAGAGCGAAAGAUGCCCAAAGAAAACGGAAAGGACAAUGAUAUUAGGUAGCGAACUAUUUCAAGUGGUAUUUAGCUAGUCCGGUUCAUUUGAUUGUUUUUGUGGAUAUGAAAACGUCCAGACAAAGGGAAACAGAGAAUGUGAAGCUCCAUUUUGCUUAAUCAACCCCUCUUACCGAAAGCGGAUAUAUGAUAUGGAAGAAGGGGUACAUUGAGGGAGAUCACACAAGCAAUACCUGCAUUCUCCAGCUCGUGGUAUCUACUGGGAUGCAUCAUAAGUGGAUAAAAUGCCAUGACUUCCAUGCAAUGGAGGGUUUACGCUUCUCUAUGGGUUCAUUGGUGAUUUCCAAGACCGUUCUGCCCAUUCAAGGCUUCGGUGCAGCGGUUCUAGGGGUGAUGCUGUUGGUGACAAUGAUCACAGCAGGUUCACCUGCAGCAGUAGACUGGCCUUCGUUGGAUCCCACCAUGUUGGAAGAGUUUCAGGAAGAAGUACCAAGCUGGACUGAAUCACCCUCAGCCUUAUUAGUUUCACACACUGAUGCCUCUGAGCACCUAGAUGACACUACAACUAUAGCUCUCCUUUCACCUGGUCCCCUACCACUUGAAUCACCUUCUAGGUCUAGUGACCCCCUGUCCACUCCCCCUUUUAGCUCUUCGGAGCCUGCGAUUGUCCUUCAGAAACACCCUGAAGGCCCAGCCCGACUCUCAAGGGACAUGAAGCUCUCUGGGCCUAUCUCAACCAUGGCAGCUACCUCUUCAACCCUUGUUACAGUACCACACCAGAAGCUUCUCGGACCACAGUCCAACAUAUCCACAACACCCUUGAACUUCUCUACAGCCACCAGUGGGACUACGUCUCCACAGUUUAUUGUCCCAAACUCUAAUGAAAGAGCUUCAGAUGAACCUCCAUUAUUACCCCCCAGCAACCAGCAAGACCCAUCAAAACAGAGAACUCCUGCACUUAUGACAUCACUUCCUGUUGGACCCCUCAACCUGCCUAGACUGCCUGUUGACAAUCUGGUAGAUGUAGCAGCCCUAUCAGACCAAGCCAGCCCAGAGUCUAGACCUAAUCCAGAUGUGUCCCAGAGUUUAGGCGAUCUCUCGCUGGAUCACAAACUGCCUCUUGAGCCCUCCAGUAGAUUAAUCGAUCUGGAUCACCUGCGCCCCAGCAGUGAGCUCAUGCAGAAGGAUCAUGCUGCCCAAGGUAUUUACAUGCUCCUGAAGCCAUCGCCUGAAAUGCAGCUGGCUCCCAGCUAUGUGCCUUUCCUGAGCCCACAGACCACGUCCUCCUCAGCCGAGCCCACCAUGGUCCCUACUGAGGACUUCUUCCCCACCAACACCAUGGAGAUGGACUGGGGCUCCGGAGACCACCCGGAGACCGUGUCCUAUAUGGGCUCGGAGGGCGACGACUUCUCCCUGGUCACCAACCUUCCCACGGACAUGUACGACCUGGAGGACUCCAAUGCGGAACGCUACGACACCUCCUUCCCCUCCAGGGUUGGCGUGUCCUUCUCCUCGAUGCGUCACGUGACGUCUACACUUAGUCUCACUACAACAGAUCUCAGCUCUGGUGUUAGAAGUGUGGCCCCCACAUCUGUUCCUCCCUCUAUCCAUCCAUAUCCCAGUCACUCAAUGCUAGCCUCAACACCAACACCUCAAGGUAGUCUACCAGAAGGUUCAGGCGUAGACUGGACAGAUACAUUCACUGUUGAACCAACAGACCUUCUCCUACCAGACAUGAACAGCCUGGAGUACUACACCGUCCAGCUGACCAAGGAUGACUCUGAAGAACACAGAGGCACCAAUGUGACCACCACCUCCAGACAUUUCUCCCUGAUGUCCAUCAGCACCAUCCACAUCAUGGCCACCAGCACGUUCACUGAGGACCCCAGCUACAUGCUCACAGCCUCCUAUGGAGUGGAGGUCCAGCCUUCUGACAACACUACCUGGAUUAAAGAGUCCUCUGAUAUAUCUGGCGCAGAGCCUCUCAAUACGACCACAGCAGACGCCACGGAGAUGACUUCUCUGAAUUUCUCAGUGCCGUUCCUGGAGCCUUCAUUAGCGCCAACCCCCUCCAUGGACCUGUCAACCUCCCUGUGGGGUGUCACUGGUCAGGUGUCCUCCGGGGAAUGGAUUAGCCCUGUGGCCACAUCCAGUGUCGGAAUGGACAGCAGCUCUGUAUUAGUGUCUGUGCAGCCUAGUGCUAUGGCCUCUGAGACAGACAUCCAGUGGUAUGUGUCCCCCAUCGCCACAGAGACGGCCCUCCUCAGCACCUCUCUCGUCACUCCUGUGUUGACCACCUCUGUCGCCUUCACCCCAGUGCCUGGUCAAACAGAAUUACCCCCCGAUGUCACCUCAGGCCCCACAGAGCGAGCCACAAAUGCCACCACAUUUCCCCCGGUGUCAGUCAUGGCUGACCAAGGUAUUGAUACGGAUAGUCCUGUCACAGCAGGGACAAACGUCAGCCAGAGUACACUUAGCACCGUAGACACCCCCUCCACAACUGAUCCUGCCACCACCACUACUACUACCACCACCAUCACCACUAAGGCCUCUACAACCACUGCUCUGGCCACCACCACUACCACCACCACCCCCUUAAACAUAACAACCACAAAAAGCCUGCCUACAACCAUUGGCCGCCAGUACCUCUGUAAUGUCUCCAAGCCUGUGUACUUUGUUAAAGUCGGUUUUCCCCCUGGAGCCACUGUUGGAUAUGCCAAAUCCCAAAUCCGAGACAUACUGAAGACUGAAUUCAAUAAGUCAAUUGAACUGCAGGUUGCUAAGAGCCCUCCAGACUUUGUGUUCCGGGCAGUGUCGGGUCCCGUGGUGUUCACAGCCAUAUCUGUCAUCAACGCCCUGCGCCAGUCAGGCCGACGCUUCCAGCCCAUCUCACACUACUGGAAGGUACCAGACCACCAGUACCAAGUCCACUCAGUGCUGCAGUUUGUGCCCAGCCACGUCGACGUGCGAGUCUGCAACUUCAGCGAGCGCAUUGAGAAAGGCCUUACCAUGGCAUACGGCGAAGUGCGCCGACGCGCACAGGAGUCCACCAACUUCACUGUGCACAUUGUGAACAUCACCAUGAAUCAGCCCAGGAGUCAGCAGAGGGAGCCAGUGGACGUGACCUUCGCGGUGCGCGAUGCCGUCGGCUACCUGAAGGGGUCAGAGGUCAGCAACCACCUGAGGCUGCUCAACAUGGUGGAGUUCAGCUACUACCUGGGCUUUCCCGUGCUGCAGAUCGCCGAACCUUUUCACUACCCAGAGUUGAACACCACCCAGUUGCUUCGCUCGUCUUGGGUUAGAACAGUGAUGCUGGGUGUCCUGGACCAGGGGGUGGACGGGCGGACCUUCCAGGCCAAGAUGGAGCGUCGUGUGGCCUUGCUACUGGGAGAGGUUCUGAGGGCGGCCAGGCGUAACAAGAGGGCCACUAGUGUGGCCAACCACAGUGUUCAGAUUGUGAGUACGACCAGGCUGGUGGGAGCGGACCACCCUCUGGAUAUGGUGUACUUUGUGGACCAGCUAGGACAGCGGUUGCCUGCCAUCACCACGGCCAACAUGCUGAACAGACUGGAUGUGCAAAGAGCAGCCAUCGUGCUGGGCUACAGAGUACAGGGCAUCCUGGCUACACCUGUGGAGAAGGUGGCAGGGUACCCUCCUCCAGACACGGAGAACACCAGCAUGUGGAUCAUCAUAGGCGUGGUGGUGCCGCUAGGCGUGGUCAUCGUCAUCAUCUCCAUCCUCUACUGGAAGCUGUGUCGCACCGACAAGUUGGAGUUCCAGCCCGACGCCAUGACCACUGUCCAGCAAAGACAGAAGCUCCAGGCUCCCAGUGUGAAGGGCUUUGACUUUGCCAAGCUGCACCUGGGCCAGCACAGUAAAGAUGACAUCAUGGUAAUCCAGGAGCCUGGUGCCCCCGGGCCCCCACCACCCAUCUCCAACACCAAGGAGAGUGCCGCCACCUCCAAGAACGGUGAGGUCCCCACCCCCAGGUCAAAAGGGACCUCCGUCUCCUCCACCAAGGCGUCCCGCAGCACACGCAGGCGAGGAAGGGACAGGAUCUCUCCGUCGGACAGGGACUCCAUGGUGAGCGCUGGGUCCGGUGAUCGUGAGAAGGAGUUAGCCGAGGAGAACCUGAGAGCCUUUGCCAUGCCCAACGACAGCAAGCAGGCCCGCAAGAUCCCAAUCAAUGUUUUAAAUGGCAAGUGUCCAUGGCAACAUUGGAUCACAUCCAUGCUCUCACGUACACAAAGAGAAGGGGAGGAGAGGGGAGAGAGACAAAGAGAAAGAGCAACUCAUGUUGAGAGGUUAAACAGGAGAAUAGAGAGACUGAGGAAGAGAUACAAGCAACUGAUGGAUAGACCAGGAGUGAAGGAGAGACAGAGACAGAAGGAAGAGAGACUGCACAAGGUCAACGCCAGCCAGGCACAGACUGAACCUGACUCACCACAGAGGAAAGGUUCCAGCAGUACGACGACAAACUGUAGCUUAUGUCAAUAUAUUUCAAACAGGAUUGCAUUCUUUUUAACUUCUAUCUUGCUUUCUGUCUGCUGUUUUCCCUUAACUUUGUGGCUUGCAGGAAAUAAUAGAAUUGGUCCUCCUCCCAUGAACGGCCAUGACGAGCAUCUCUCCUCUGCCUCCAUCUUUGAGCAUGUGGACCGCAUGUCGCGCUCGGCCGACGGCACCCGUCGCCUGUCCAAUAAGAUUCAGCUGAUCGCCAUGCAGCCCAUGGCUGUCCCGCCCCAGCACCACAGCCCCACUGUCAACGGUAUUAACGGCAGAGGGCCAGAGACACACAGCAGCUUUAACAAGGAGAUCCAGGUGGCGUUGAGGCAUAAGUCUGAGAUCGAGCACCACCGUAACAAGAUCCGUCUGCGGGCCAAGAGGAAGGGUCACUAUGACUUCCCUGCCAUGGACGACCUGGUAGACAAUGGUCUGACCACUGACCCCAAGGACCAGGACCACAUCUAUCACAAGGCCCAGAUGCAGAUCGACAAGAUCCUGAACCCUGACAUCCACAUGCCCUCACUGUUCAUGGAGCCUAAAAAGAGUGGCAGGGGAAGGCGUUCUCCCAAGCAGAGGAAGAAGCACCAGCUGAACGGCAGCCUGACUGACGCAGACAAGGACCGGCUCAUCUCCAACGACAGUGACGGCACCUACAGGAAAUACCCUGGGGUCAACAACGUGGCCUAUGUGUCGGACCCUGACCAGGCCCCAGAGUCUGGGACCCCCUCCCCCAACGACGACGUGUUCCUGGGCCCCAUCUCGCCCCCACCGGGGCACGCCCCUCCCCCGCCCCCCUACAUGCCCCCCCAGCCCUCCAUCGAGGAGGCCAGGCAGCAGAUGCACUCCCUGCUGGACAAUGCCUUCGCCCUGGUCUCCCCCACCUCCCAGGGCAGCACGGCUGGCAUCACCCUGCCCGGUGUCAACUCCAACCCCCCCAGCUCCAGCCCCCCACCUCGUGGUGGAGCCCGCCCCUGGGGUACUACCUACCCAGCCCUGAGCCCGUUCUCCUCAAGAUACGCUGAGUUAGGAAUGUCCCCUCCUUCACUCCAAGGCUUACUACAGAGACAGGGCCUGGGCUCCAACUACCCACCAGGUGACCCAGGACAUGUUGACCAGCUCCCUCCAGAGAGCCACUAUUCCACCAGGGGCCUGUACACUGAAGACCUGCCCUCCUCUACCAGGCCACGGCCAGUAGGGGGCACCACAGGUAACCAGCUCAAUCACCUGAACCAGGUGGAUCUUGGGAGCCGGAUCAAGGGGGGGUACCCAUUAGGUGGCAGGGCACCUCCAGGUCAGACUGGAGGCUCAGGCUGGGCACCCUACUCUGACGGUGACUUCAGACCCACCAGAGACCCUGUUCUUCUGGGCUACCCUGACUCCUCCUCCUCUAUGUUCCAGAUGCCUAGUAGGAGUUCCCUAAGGGAGCCCUCUGCCCACCUGGACAUCUACCCCCCCGAGGAGUCCUCUCCCCCCAACCACUCCUCAGCCUCCCUCAUCAAGGCCAUCAGGGAGGAGCUGCUGCGCCUCUCUCAGAAACAGCAAGCCGUGCCCAGUUACCACAGCUGAGACAGACGGCCUCCUCUGGUCCUCAUUGAACCUCUACUGCUACAUCCACCAGUCGUAUCGCUGCCCCUGCCUGCCUGCUCCAACCUAGCAAUGCUUCCCAUGGAAGUUCCUUUGUACAGGAGAGAGACAGUACUCCUGGGCUGCGUCAAGGUGGCUAUUGGCAAACUAGUCCAAACUGAAUGAGAUGACAUCAUAUAUGCCACUAGUAGCCUAAGCAUAGAUGGGGUCAUUAUAUGAAUGACCUGUUCUCUAAGCUCUGGCUCUCUGACCCAGACCCCUGUCUCUGACCCUGACUGUCCUAUAGCAUACAGUGUACUACAGUAUAAGUGAUCCUAGAGGUUUAAGGGAGAAGGUGUGAACUGAAUGGUUGGCCAUGACCACUGAUCCCUGCCCAGUUGUUUUUAAUUUGAGGUGUUGUUGCUUUUGUUCUUUUUAAACAGCAGUCUAGACUGUGUGUGUGUGAUGAUGAUGAUAAUAAGCAAUGUGGUUUGAUAUUCUCUCUCAUGCUGCCUUGACAUCCUAACAAUAUUUUACAGUACAGUGGUCUUUCUCUAUCAGUAGGACAUCUUUAAUUUAGGCUCCAAACAUUGAUACCAUGUUACCUUUUAACGGUGAUGCUUCUUACCAUUACUAUACAGGUUUUGUUUUUGAAGAGGCUCUUCUCCUCCAUCAUCUUCUGGUGCUUCUUUAAACGCGUAGUGUUUUCUGCCAUGAUAUUGAGGGGUGAUAUGCACACUCCAUGAAACCAGUUGUCCCAGGUGCUGGAUAUGCACACUCCAUGAAACCAGUUGUCCCAGGUGCUGGAUGAAGCUGUUCUACAUUGUUUUACGCCUUGUGUUGUGACAGAGUGAGUCAGUUCAACUGUCUCAAUCUACUAUACAGCUACGGUCAGAGUUCGGGGGGACAACACUAGACACAAAGAGCUGCAAUAAUUAUACUGCAGCAACUCCCAAACAUUAUUAUUUAUUUGACAAGGAAGGGCUCAUUGAGAUUUGAAAUCUCUUUUUCAAGAGCGUCCUGGCAAAGAUGAGCAGCACCAAGUCAUUACACCAUAACAGACAAACUACAAGUAAUCUAGUAAAAACUACAGGGAUAUAACGAAAUCAUAAAACAACAAAGGCAUUCCAAGGCGAUGGCGCAGAGUACAUAAAAGCCCUUUUACCAAAUUCAGUUUGGACAUUUGGAACAGUUAGCAGGAUUAAGUCCUGCGAACGAAGAGAGUACCCACCACAUUUCUGGGGAAAAAAUGCCCAAAUAAAAUGGUAAUAAACAUUACUUUACCAAUGCAACUACAUUGACUUUGUUGUCAACAUCUUCAGCACAAUGUCCACAUUUGACCUUAUAUAUCCAGGUUGUUGAGGAUGCUACCUUGUUAAGACUUUAAAUUCCAACAUAUGGUGAACCUAUAUGACAACAUUAUUUCUAUAGUUAUUACAAUAAGAUCAUUUAUUGUGUAUAAUAAUUCAUUUGUGGCAUUUUAUAAAAUGUUCUGACCUGCAAACAAAUCAAAGUGAUUGACAGUACCUUCAUAUGCAGAUUGCAGCGCCUAUUCAAUUUUAUUAAGCUAAUAGAUCCAGGCAUGCAAUCUGAUCUAUUUAAUUCACUGUAUGCAAACUACUGGAUUGCACUUGGCUUUUCUCAGUGAAUAUCCUUCAAGUCACACCAACUGAAAUGUAAUUGAAAGAUUCAUAGGUCAAGUCAAUUAUGCAUUGUAUUGCUGAAGGAAAUGCAGUAUUUUCUCAGCUGAGAAACAGGGUCAGUGCUCACACUCGUUCAAUCUCCAGGGUAUUCUUCAUCUAUUUCCUCCUUUUUCCACGCAGUAUUGAAAUGUUCAGCUACAUGUACUGUGUUUUAAUAGUUCACAGUUUACUGCUCAGUCAAUCUGUCAACUUGAGAUGUUUUGUGCAUAUUAUGUUAUUUGUAUUCUUGAAUGGACUCGCCUCGUGUUUUAUUUCCUCCAUCUGUCUUUGUUCAAUAUUUGUUUUACAUUUUGUUCAGUAACAUUUCCAACAAACUCCACACACAUUGCUUUGCUGUGGGUAUUGAAGUGAUAUUUCAUUUCAAUAAAAUAAAAGAGAAAUGAUUGAUUUUAGUUGUAAGGUUAAACUACAUUUAUUCACUGACUUGGAUGAAUUAAUACUAUAUCAGUGUUGAACAUUGUCCUAAAUACUGUAUAUCCCAGUUUCACUCCACAACACUCUUAUCCAAAGCAACUUACAGGAGCAAUUAGGGUUAAGUGCCUUGCAUAAGGGAACAUCGACAGAUUUUUCUCCUAGUCAGCUCAGGGAUUUGAACUAGUGGCCUUGUGGUUACUGGCCUAACACUCUUAACCACUAGGCUACCUGCACCGGCUACUGUACUGUACACCAGACAAUAACUACUAUGGCUCCUCAUGACCAACAUGUACCUUAUGGAUCCCCCUCCCUUUGGUGCUCUCAUUCUAAUGUCCCCCAUCCUGUCUCAUUCUACUUGCCUGUCUGUCUGUUCCAGAGUCUUAUCCAGGCUCUGUUCACUCCAACAACCACUGACUGUUUUGGAUCAUAGUACAGUUUGGCAUUUUGUAACUACUGUAGUCUCAAUAUUAAGUUAAAGGAUUCUAUAGGUCUUAACAGUUGGUGCUAAAGUGUGUGGUUUAGCACCAUCUAAUAUUCAACACUGUUUCUGGAUGUACCCAUUUGCACCCAUGCAGUUAGAUUGUAAACUGAGUUACCUGUAGUGAUUUCACUCCUAGUUGGUCUGAUUGGCUUCAUUCACAACACUGUGCUGUACCAUACUGUACCGGAAAAGAGUGUCUGUUAAAUGACAACCAUGUACAAUGUACUGUAUGCCUCCACCUGCUGGUUCUGCAACUCCCAUGCACAUCUCUCAGAUUUAGUGAGAGAUGUUUUCCCUUUGUUUUUGACUGUUGUCUUGUUUUAUUGUGAAGAUCAUACUUUGUGUUGGCUGGACCAACCAUGUUUAAUGUGUUUGACUUGUUGAGUUGCAUGUUUCAUUCAUGUACAUUACCGUUCUAAAGUUUGGGGUCACUUAGAAAUGUCCUUGUUUUUGAAAGAAAAGCACAUUUUUCAGAAAUACAGUGUAGACAUUGUUAAUGUUGUAAAUGACUAUUGUAGCUGGAAACAACUAUUUUUUGUUAUGGAAUAUCUACAUAGGCGUACAGAGGCCCAUUAUCAGCAACCAUCACUCCUGUGUUCCAGUGGCACGUUGUGUUAGUUGAUUCAAGUUUAUCCUUUUAAAAGGCAGAGUUGCAAAGAAAAAGCCAUAUCUCAGACUGGACAAUAAAAGAUUGAGAUGGGCAAAAGAACACAGACACUGGACAGAGGAACUCUGCCUAGAAGGCCAGCAUCCCAGUCGCCUCUUCACUGUUGACGUUGAGACUGGUGUUUUGCGGGUACUAUUUAAUGAAGCUGCCAGUUGAGGACUUGUGAGGCGUCUGUUUCUCUAACUAGACACAAAUGUACUUGUUCUCUUGGUCAUUUGUGCACCGGGGCCUCCCACUCCUCUUUCUAUUCUGGUUAGAGCCAGUUUGCGCUGUUAUGUGAAGAGUGUAGUACACAGCAUUGUAUGAGAUCUUCAGUAUCUUGGCAAUUUCUCACAUGGAAUAGCCUUCAUUUCUCAGAACAAGAAUAGACUGAUGAGUUUCAGAAGAAAGUUCUUUGUUUCUGGCCAUUUAGAGCCUGUAAUCAAAGCCACACAUGCUGAAGCUCCAGAUACUCAACUAGUCUAAAGAAGGCCAGUUUUAUUGCUUUUUUAAUCAGAACAACAGCUUUCAGCAGUGCUAACAUAAUUGCAAAAGGGUUUUCUAAUGAUCAAUUAGCCUUUUAAAAGGAUAAACUUGGAUUAGCUAACACAACAUGCCACUGGAACACAGGAGUGAUGAUUGCUGAAAAUGGGCCUCUGUACUCCUAUGUAGAUAUUCCAUUUAAAAAUCUGACGUUUCCAGCUACAAUAGUCAUUUCCAACAUUAACAAUGUCUACACUGUAUUUCUGAUCAAUUUGAUGUGAUUUUAAUGGUCGAAAAAAUGUGCUUUUCUUUCAAAAAUGAUAUUUCUAAGUGACUCCAAACUUUUGAACAGUAGUGUAAGGCUGUGUGUGGUUUGUUUUCCAUUUGUGUUGUGCAUGCUGUUCCAAAAGAAACACUUUUAAAAACCAAUGAAACCGAAGUUGCAUGUGUCCUAAGUUAUUUAAUGCUGUGGUAUUCUAUCGCCAUGAGUAUAACAUGCAACUUAUUAAGAAGCAAAACAUAUUUCAUUCUCACAUAACAUCUGCUUAUCAUUCUAAUUUUCCCCUGAAAGUAUUUUGUAAAAUGAUAAUUAUGUAUUUUGCAGAGCACACAAUUUCUCUGUAUAUGCAGUUUAUUUCUUAAUACAGUUAUCUUAGCAGUG